AUGGCUCCCCGGUGCCCAACCGUCUCAUCAACAUUUCUUCCGUUCCUUUAUCCAUCCGUAUUCCUGAAAAGGCAUACCCUCACCGGCGCAACAGCUCUCCGACGUCGCUACAACUCCAACGUAAACGAUCUUCCACAGUCACGACUUAACCCUGCUCCUGACGACUAUGCCUCGCCGAGCUUCUCCGAUAAGGCCUACUUGACCUUGUACGCUGGUCACGGCGGAAACGGCUGUAUUUCUUUCCUGCGCGAAGCUUACCUUGAGGAGGGACCUCCCAAUGGCGGCGAUGGAGGCCACGGCGGCAAUGUCUACAUCCAGGCAGCGCAUGGUGAGACUUCUCUGCACAAGUUAGCUCGCAAGCGGUUUAUUCGAGCUGGCCGUGGCAAGCAUGGACAAGGAAGCGCAAAGAGCGGGACACGAGGAGAAGACAUUAUUAUAACUGUGCCCGUGGGAACGGUCGUACGUGAACUGGAGCGCCAAGAUCCGGCAGCAGAUGAGGAGAUGGAUAUGCGCUUGUGGCGCGCUCAGCAGAAACAAAAGAGAAAAGAGGAGCGUUUGGCUGCUUUAGAGAGAAAGCAAAGGCAAGAAGAAGACGAAGAAGCAUAUGAGGAAGAAGAGGAAGAAGUCGAAGAGGAGAUGGAGGAGGAGGAAGAAGACCAGGACCCUGAGCGCCGCAAAUGGCUUCUGUACCCCGGAUUGUCAAAAACUGAUGUCAAAAAUACAGUCUUUCCUCGAUUGUCCAAACGCACUCGACUUCUCAAGCAACCGCCGCCUACGAUUCAUCUGGACUUAUCUCGCCCAACUCCUAAGCCAAUUCUUCUUGCAACCGGUGGUAUUGGUGGUUUGGGCAAUCCUCAUUUCACAUCACGAGCUCACCCUCGCCCCAUGUUCGCUACCAAGGGUGAAGACUCUGUCACUAUGAAAAUCGAGCUCGAGCUCAAGCUUCUUGCUGAUGUUGGUCUUGUUGGUCUUCCUAAUGCUGGAAAGAGUACAUUGCUUCGUGCCAUUACAAACAGUCGCACUCGAGUGGGCAACUGGGCAUUUACGACACUUCAACCCAACAUCGGCACAGUCGUUCUCGACAAGUACUCUGGCCGUCCUACCAUUAAGAGUUACCGUCGCUAUCCCGCUCAACUUGGUCUUCCCGAAGCAGUCGAAAAUGAGCCACGCACUCGCUUUACUAUUGCCGACAUCCCUGGUCUAAUUGAGGGUGCACAUCUUGACCGUGGUCUGGGUAUUGCCUUUCUACGACACGUCGAGCGUGCUGGCGUUCUCGCUUUUGUUAUCGACCUUUCCGCAAGUAAUGCGGUUGAGGCCCUCAACUCGCUCUGGCGGGAGGUUGGAUUAUACGCUGAAAUGCGUGAUGAGGAAGAGGCUGAUCGUGCGGUCGAGUCACAUAUCGAUUGGGAUGUCACGACAGACCUAGAUGGACCUAUGAACUUCUCCCCAGAGUUCCAAGCAAGCCGGCAGGACUCGAAGUCAAAGCAAGGCCUACAAAUUGCCGGAAAGCCAUGGUUUGUUGUCGCAACCAAGGCUGACUUGCCAGAGACACAGGAAAAUUUCAAGGGGCUCAAGCAGUAUCUCGACAACAUCACGAAAGGUGAGCAGUCACAUCCAAGUGGCGUGAAGGAUGCCUGGACUAAGGACUGCACCGUCAUACCGGUGAGUGCAAUCAAUGGUCAAGGCGUGGAUAGAAUUGUACACUGGACUGUGGGACUAUUAGACGAGUAG